AUGGCGAACCGAACAGUGAAGGACGCGAAAUCUAUUCGCGGCACAAAUCCGCAAUAUCUUAUAGAAAAGAUCAUCAGAUCACGUAUUUACGACUCUAAAUAUUGGAAGGAAGAAUGUUUCGCUUUAACCGCAGAGUUACUAGUCGACAAAGCUAUGGAGUUACGUUAUGUCGGAGGCGUACAUGGUGGCUUCAUAUACCCUACACCCUUCCUGUGUUUAGUGUUAAAAAUGCUACAAAUACAACCUGAAAAAGACAUUGUGGUCGAGUUUAUAAAGAACGAAGAGUUCAAAUAUGUUCGGGCACUGGGUGCGUUCUACAUGAGACUCACAGGGACGUCGGUAGAUUGUUACAAAUAUUUGGAGCCUCUAUAUAAUGAUAAUCGAAAAUUGCGGCGGCAAAAUAGACAGGGACAGUUCGAAAUUGUGCACAUGGAUGAAUUUAUAGACGAACUGUUGAGGGAAGAGCGUUUAUGCGACGUCAUUCUGCCAAGAAUACAGAAAAGGCAUAUUCUGGAGGAGAAUAAUGAACUGGAGCCAAAAGUUUCUGCACUAGACGAUGAUUUAGAUGAUGAAAUGCCCUCUGAUGAUGAGAAUCCCGAUGUGGAAGCCAAAGAAAACAGAAAGGACAAAGAUAAUAAGAGGGAUAAAGAACGAAGAAAGGAUAGAUCCAGAGAACGCGAACGUCGCGACAAAGAUCGCAAACGCGAGCGUUCCAGAAGCAGAGAUAGAGAGCGUAGAAGAGAAAGGGAAAAAGAACGAGAAAGGGAGAAAGACAGAGAGCGCCGAGACCGCGAGAGAGAACGAGAAAGGGAACGGAGGGAAAGAGAGAGACAUGAAGCUGAUAGGAGGAGAGGACGAUAUUAG